UAACAAUACGACGCCAGUUUUAUGUACUUUUGUUCAUCCUUAUAUUGUAAUAAUUAAUAAGGUUUCUAGAUAUUGUACUAACAACUAAAUAUUAAUACGUGUUCAUUUAGUGCAUUUAUUAAUGUAAAUGUGAGUUGAUUUAAACGAAGCGGUUUUUGCAAAUACAUACGCGUCCUUUGAUAUCCCUUUCUCAAAUUUGGAUAACAUUUCGGUAGUAGGUAAAAUGGAUCCGAUUGCGCCGAAAAGAUCAUUAUCUGCAUUCUUCUGGUUUUGCAAUGAAGAGCGCAGCAAAGUUAAGGCUGCCAAUCCCGAAUAUGGCUUUGGCGAUAUUGCCAAGGAGCUUGGUCGUAAAUGGUCCAAUGUGGAUCCAGAGGUUAAACAGAGGUACGUGUUAAUGGCCGAGAAGGACAAGGCGCGCUACGACCGUGAAAUGACUGAGUUCAAAACCAGCGGGAAAAUACCCACGAAGUAGAAAAUUUUAUUCUUCAUAUUACUCACUGCCAGUAUAAAACCAAGUGCGACUUUCAUAAAACCAAUAUCACAUGCAACAGAGUAUUUGCCAUGCAGCAAAAUAGAAGCAUAAAAAACUUAUCAGCGAGGUAGAGUUAAUAAUAAAGACAUCUUUGAAUAAUUACAAUGUCAUGUUCAGACAACUCAGAUACAAUUAUUAUUUUUUAUUUAUUUGUUUCGCUAAAUUUUGGAUUACUAUUUUUUUUUGAAAACGUAAUAUUUUACAUAUGCAAUAUAUACAUAUUUAUGUACAUGCAUUUCUGUAUCAAACAACCAAAAUAUUUGAAAAUUUAUUUAUUUUUUUCGUUUAUUUUGAAAGUGUCGACUUAUGGUAGAUAAACGACCAUUAGUCGGUUAUUUAUGGUAUUUUCAAUGUCGUUUUCUCUUUCAAUAAGUACAUGUCUACACUCGUAAUAGGGUCGAUAUUUUAACUUCCAUUCACCAUUAAGAAAAACCUACACGCAAGAAAAAAAAACUCAA